AUUCAAUUAAAAUUUUUAGUAAAUUCUGGCAUCUAUUUCAAUCAUAUAAAAUAAUCCAUUAAUAGGUGAAAAGUUUUUCACCUAUUUUAUUCCUGAUAAGAAAAACUUUCAUAUUUCAAAAUAAAUGGAAUAGAACAAUUUUUUUUUGCGUAAAUAAUUUUUAAUCAUAUCUAUUUUUAAAUGCCGUCAACUGAAUCUUGUCAACCCCCGGAUGGCUGCGAUCAGGAUGAGAACCUUAGUUGUUGUGAACCAGCAAGAAACACAAGGUCAAACUAUUGCCCGCCACCGAAUCGACGACGAAGAGCGUGUCCAGCGAAUGAACGGGGCGGUAAUCGUACACUUUGUCAAAUAGUGGAACGAUAUCUCAAAGAUCCAUUUAUAGUGUUUUUCCUUGCAGUUAUAGGAAUUAAAAUAUGUAAUUUUUGUUGCACCAGACUAGAAUGGAGAAAGAAAUAAACAAAACAAAAAUUAAAUUUUAGGUUAUCAUUAUGCCUCACAACUAGAAUGGAAAAAGGCACCAGAGCCGCCAAUUGCGCCUCCUGCUACUAAAUAGGGCCGAUGAACGAACGAACAUGGGCGGAAAUGGAUUUAAGGAAUUCAGACAACAUCAACACAAGUCUUUGGAAAUGUUUGUAUUUCAUUUCAGGAAUAAAAAUAAGCAAACAACAAAAUUUUCUCCAAUUAUAUAAAAUGAAUUUU